UUCUCUCCGCAUCCAAACACCGAAAGAAAAGAAAAAAAGAAAAAGAAAAAACUUUCCGGAGAAAAAGGAAGUGUCAAAACGGAAAAUUCAGGUGGCAAUUAUGGGCAUUAUUCUACACACCUCCACUUUUCCAAUUUUCUUUAUUCUACUAAUCCUCACUACUUCUCUUUGUCUUCUCAGCCAUUAGAGUUCAGCAAUUUUUUACUUUUAUAAUUCCUCUACCCCCCUCUCUCUCUCUCUCUCUCUGGCUUUCUCUCUCUUCUGCAACUGAGAGAAUCAAUCAGAUCAUAGUUUCCUAGAUUUUCCCACUCUUUCCCGCACUUUCUCGCCCCGAUUUUCUCUCUCAGACAAACAGGUACCUCGAGGUCGGCGACCUCUCAAUCAACAGAAUCCAUUGGAGCUUUCCGCUUCCGUUUUUCGAUCGGUUCUCUUCCACAACCAAAACGCUUCUCUUCUAGUAUAUUUACACUUCGCAGCUGUCACUGCACGAACCGUACUCAAUUGGAAGCUCCGGUACGGUACGGUCAGUGCAGCUGGUUACGGAACCGUGACUGAAGGAAUUGGAGCAGAACUGAGUGUGUGUGUGAAUGCUUGAUUCGAGGCUCGCUUGCGGUUUAGGGCUGAGUGAAUGUGUGAAUUGGAGAGCGAAGUUGCGGUUGGAUGAAACUGGUGAAUGGAAGGGUUUGGUUUUGAGAAUGGUUGAGUCAAAGACUUGUGGUAGUGAUUAGGUAUUUUUUCGGUUUUCGCUGAGAUGUCGCGGACGGAUAGGAUGGCUUCGGAUCUUAGCAGGACUGGCCCCGUCGAAAGAGACAUCGAGCAGGCAAUUACUGCUCUAAAGAAAGGGGCAUACUUGCUCAAGUAUGGAAGAAGAGGGAAGCCCAAGUUUUGUCCAUUCCGGCUUUCCAAUGAUGAGUCUGUUCUAAUAUGGUUCUCCGGGAGAGAGGAGAAGCACCUUAAACUAAGCCAUGUGUCUAGAAUUAUUUCUGGACAACGCACUCCAAUCUUUCAAAGGUAUCCAAGGCCUGAGAAGGAGUAUCAGUCAUUUUCUCUCAUAUAUAAUGAAAGAUCACUGGAUUUGAUUUGCAAGGAUAAAGAUGAAGCUGAGGUAUGGUUUAGUGGUUUAAAAGCAUUAAUUUCACGUAGUCAUCACCGUAAAUGGAGAACGGAAUCAAGGAGUGAUGGAAUUCCUUCUGAAGCAAAUAGUCCUAGAACAUACACACGAAGAAGUUCUCCUUUGAAUUCUCCAUUUGGUAGUAAUGAGAGCAUGCAGAAGGAUGGCGGAGAUCCCCUUCGUCUUCAUAGUCCAUAUGAAAGUCCCCCCAAGAACGCUCUGGAUAAAGCAUUAUCAGAUGUGAUAUUGUAUGCUGUACCUCCCAAGGGUUUCUUCCCUUCAGACUCUGCUAGUGGUUCAGUCCAUUCUUUGUCAUCGGGAGGUUCAGAUAGUGUACAUGGCCACAUGAAGACAAUGGCGAUGGAUGCUUUUAGAGUUAGUCUAUCGAGUGCUGUUAGCUCAUCAAGCCAAGGUUCUGGUCAUGAUGAUGGCGAUGCCCUGGGGGAUGUUUUCAUUUGGGGGGAGGGCAUAGGGGAUGGUGUUCUGGGUGGUGGAACCCAUAGAAUCGGGAGUGGUUUUGGUGUCAAAAUGGACUCUUUGUUGCCUAAAGCCUUAGAAUCUGCAGUAGUACUUGAUGUCCAGAACAUUGCCUGUGGUGGACGACAUGCUGCCUUAGUAACCAAGCAGGGAGAGAUUUUCUCCUGGGGGGAGGAAUCUGGAGGCCGGCUUGGGCAUGGAGUAGACUCUGAUGUUUUGCAUCCAAAGCUAAUUGAUGCCCUAAGUAAUACGAACAUUGAGCUUGUAGCUUGUGGUGAGUACCACACAUGUGCUGUAACACUUUCUGGUGAUUUGUAUACGUGGGGCGAUGGAACUUAUAAUUUUGGUCUUCUUGGGCACGGAAACGAAGUGAGCCACUGGGUCCCAAAAAGAGUAAAUGGGCCCUUGGAGGGCAUACAUGUCUCAUCUAUCUCUUGUGGACCCUGGCACACUGCUGUUGUAACCUCUUCUGGACAAUUGUUUACUUUUGGUGAUGGAACAUUUGGUGUUUUGGGCCAUGGAGAUCGGAAAAGUGUUUCAAUACCAAGGGAAGUAGAAUCCCUUAAGGGGCUCCGCACUGUCCGAGCAGCUUGUGGUGUUUGGCAUACUGCUGCAGUUGUAGAAGUCAUGGCUGGGAAUUCAAGUUCCAGCAACUGCUCUUCUGGAAAGCUGUUUACUUGGGGAGAUGGGGAUAAAGGUCGACUUGGACAUGGUGAUAAGGAAGCAAAACUUGUGCCUACCUGUGUCGCUGCUCUUGUUGAUCCUAACUUUUGUCAAGUUGCCUGCGGACAUAGUCUGACUGUUGCUCUUACAACCUCAGGCCAUGUCUAUACAAUGGGCAGUCCUGUUUAUGGCCAGUUGGGGAAUCUCCAAGCUGAUGGAAAACUCCCUGCUCGUGUUGAAGGAAAGCUAUCCAAGAAUUUUGUGGAGGAGAUAGCUUGUGGUGCUUAUCAUGUUGCAGUUUUAACUUCAAAAACUGAAGUCUAUACUUGGGGUAAGGGAGCAAAUGGUCGUUUGGGUCAUGGGGAUACAGAUGAUAAAAAUUCCCCAACGUUUGUAGAGGCUCUCAGAGAUAAGCAAGUGAAAAGUAUUGCUUGUGGUACUAAUUUUACAGCAGCUAUUUGCCUUCAUAAGUGGGUCUCAGGUGUUGACCAGUCUAUGUGCUCUGGCUGCCGCCUGCCAUUUAAUUUCAAAAGAAAACGACACAAUUGUUACAAUUGUGGACUUGUUUUUUGCCAUUCAUGCAGCAGUAAGAAGUCUCUUAAGGCUUCUAUGGCACCAAAUCCCAACAAACCCUAUCGUGUCUGUGAUAAUUGUUUUAAUAAACUGAGGAAAGCUAUUGAAAGUGAUGGUUCAUCUCACUCUUCUGUGAGCAGAAGAGGAAGUAUCAAUCAAGGGUCACUUGAGUUCAUCGAAAAAGAUGAGAAGUUGGAUUCCAGAUCCCGUGCACAACUUGCUAGAUUUUCUUCAAUGGAAUCCUUGAAGCAAGUGGAAAGCCGAUCUUCUAAGAAAAACAAGAAACUAGAAUUUAACAGCAGUCGAGUCUCACCUAUUCCAAAUGGAGGUUCCCAGUGGGGAGCACAUAGUAUCGCUAAAUCUUUUAAUCCGGUGUUUGGGUCAUCCAAAAAGUUUUUCUCAGCUUCUGUUCCUGGAUCAAGAAUUGUUUCUCGAGCAACAUCUCCAAUAUCAAGGCGGCCCAGCCCACCUCGUUCAACGACACCUACACCUACUCUGGGAGGGCUUACCUCACCAAAGAUCGUUGUGGAUGACACUAAAAGGACAAAUGAUAGCCUUAGCCAGGAAGUUAUUAAAUUAAGAGCGCAGGUGGAAAAUCUCACUCGCAAAGCCCAACUUCAAGAAGUUGAGCUAGAAAGAACAACCAAACAGCUAAAGGAAGCAAUAGCUAUUGCAGAAGAGGAAACUACAAAAUGCAAAGCGGCAAAGGAAGUCAUCAAGUCGCUUACUGCACAAUUGAAGGACAUGGCUGAAAGGCUGCCUGUGGGAGCUGCUCGGAACGUUAAAUCACCUUCUCUUGCUUCCUUUGGCUCCAGUCCUGCUUUUAACGAAGUUUCUAAUGCUUCUAUUGACCGAAUGAAUGGUCAAGCAACAUUCCAAGAACAAGACUCAAAUGGAUCAAACAGCCAGUUGCUUUCUAAUGGAUCAAGCAACAACAGUAACCGUAGUUCAGGUCACAACAAACCAACCCAUUUGGAUGCAACAGCUAGAAAUGGAAGCAGAAUGAAAGAAAGUGAAUCUGAAUAUGUUGAGCAAGAUGAUCCUGGUGUAUAUAUUACACUUACCAACCUACCAGGGGGUGUCAAGGAUCUUAAGCGAGUUCGCUUCAGUCGGAAGCGGUUUAGUGAGAAACAAGCAGAACAGUGGUGGGCGGAAAACCGGGCAAGAGUAUAUGAACAAUAUAAUGUGCACAUGAUUGACAAGUCAAGUGUUGGCGUUGGGAGCGAGGACUUGGCUCAUUGACAUAUGAAGAUAAUCAUCUGUAAAUGAAAUGAUAUUUUCCACAAAUACAGCUUGACUUACUGAGAGGUCAUACUAAUUGAUUAGAUUUGGCUUCCAUCUGCUAUAGAAAGUUUGAGGGAAGCAAAGGUUUGGUAUAAGAAGAGAAUUAGAGGGGUUUGAUUGUGUUUUUGUAUUUCCGCUCUAUUUUUUCAACUUGAUUUUAGUUUCCAUUUUUUUCCCUAUAUGUGCCUUGUGUGGGGGUUGAGGGUGAGAAGUGUAAAUUCUUAGUAGGUUGCUGGCUCUUGUGGCUGCCAUGUAAAUUCCAUAAGCAAAUGUAUCUGCAGAUUUUUUUCCCUCUACGGUUUAUAAAUUCAUUCAGGUCAUAUUAAAGGCA